CGUAAGCAAAUAUGAACAUCAACAUAACCACAAUUUGGAUUUCAAUUUUCCAAAACGGAAUUUAAUUUUGAAAAAAAAAGAAAAAGAAAAUUUAUCACAAAUUAAAGUCAUUUAAAAUUUCAAAGGUGAUAUGGAUGUCAAGGAAGUGUGGAAAGCAUCUUUUUUUAGGGAUCAAUUUAGUGUAGACCAGUGUCUCGCUGGAUACACUCAAAAGUCAGAUUUAGAAUCCCUUUUGCGAGAUUUGAAAAAUUAUGGCAAUGAACUUCAGGGGAAAAUGAGUGAAAUUUUAAAGAAUGAAACAGAAGCUAUAGUGAAUUUAGCUGAAUAUUUAACCAAUUUGAAUUCCAAAAUUAGCAAUUUAACAGUGCCUAUUAGUCAGUUACAGGAAGAAAUCAGGACCCUUUUUGGUUUGGUGGAGUCUGCUGAGUCAAAUUAUAAAGCAGUUUUGGAGGAUGUAGAAUGCAACAAUGCCAAGCAAAACCACAUGCAUUUAAAAAUGGGAUUAAUAAAAUGCUGUUCAUACAUAAACAGUGUUCUGAGUACAGUGGAUUAUGAUUCAUCAGAGAAUUUAUUGACACUGGAAAGAUUAGUUAAUAAUUAUUCAUUCCAAAAAAUUUAUUUAGAAGAACUAAAUUUGGUAACACCAGAAGUAACCAAAAUAUGUCUUAAGAUUGAUAGUGAUCUUAUUAAUAAAGUGAAUGAAAAAUUUAUGAUUGCUUUGAAGAAGAGUGAUACAGGAACACUCUUAAAAUGCCUGAGAAUGUAUGUGAAUUUACAAAAACAAGAAGAAGCACAAACUACAUUUCAAGUUCACAUUCUUAGGCCAGAAUUGCUGCCACUUUUUUCAGAAAGUUACUUAGAAAAAUGCGAUUACAAUAUUGAUAAAAUAUAUAAUGAAGUUGUAAAAAUUCUAGAAUCCAAGGUCAAUAGGCUUACACAAAUUAUUGAGGAAAAUCCUGACUUAAAAUGUUUUAAUUUUGUCCUAAACUCAUUCUGGAGAGAGUUUGAUAAACAAUCAAGAGAAGGUCUACCACAUAUUACUGCUCCUGGAAAUCCAGAGUUAUUUCAAAAGCGUUUCAUAAGCACAUGGAAUUUGCUUCAAUUUAUUGCUGAAAAAUGUGGUGACAAAGAAUUAGUGAGAGAAAAUGCCUCAUUUGUAAAUCAUCUAAAGCGAUUUAAUCUGCCUGUUUAUUUUGAAAUUAAAUUUCAACAGAUCGCAGGCUCUUUUGAAACGGAAAUUUAUAAUAUUCAACUUACAAGUAUUCAGUCUAGUCAAAAUAAACAUUCAUUUAAGUUAAAACCUUCAGUAGUAUUAUGGAAUACAAUAGAAUCCUGCUUCCAACAUGAUGUUUAUAUUGACCAACUUGCUGAUCAGUUCUUAAGAUUAUCUUUGAUGGCUGUGUCUCGUUAUACCAAACUUAUGGGAAAAUUGUUGGAUGGACAUUUUCCUCCUGGAACAGAAAACUAUGAUGACCUGAUUAUAAGUACUUUAAUUGAUCUGCAUAUUUUGAAAGGAUUGAUAGCACCUCACUUUAAAACUGCCACUGACCUUGAUAAAACAGUGUUCUCUAUCAUUAACAAAAGUAUGUCCCAUAUUUUAUUAAAGAUAUUUAAUAGUAAUAAACAAGUCAUUAAUCGAGUACAAGGAAAUUUACAAGACCGUGUAGUACAAGCAAAGGUUUCCGAAUGUAUAGGACACCUGCAAAAUGUCUGUGCCAUUCCAAGAUUGUAUAGAAGAACCAAUAGAUAUCCACCAAAAGAAGCUAGCAGUUAUAUGAUUGAAGCUGUUAAACCAAUACUUGAUUUUCACAAUAAAUUUAAAUCAAAAAUUGAUGAACUAUUAGAUCAAAUUGUAGACAGUAUUAUUAGUCAAAUUACUAGACAUUAUUCAGGUUUAGUUCAAGAAGUUUUAAGGUCUGUAUGUAAAACAGAAGAGUCACUUAGAAGAUUGAAAAGCAGAACAUCAGCACCGAUGGAAGAUCCCGUUCAUGGAAGUAGCGAUACUAUGUCUGAUGAAAGCAAAAUUAGGGAACAAAUCAAGUACGAUGUAGGAUAUUUUCUCGAUAAGUUGCACCCCCUUGGAUUACAGUCAACCAAGGAAGGGAUGGAUUCCUUGAGACGUGAAGUUUAUUGACAUAGAAUAUCAUUUAUGUUUUCUUAUAUUCCUGUUAAAUAUGUUGUUUUGUAUUAUAGCUAGAAUUAUUCUGUUAAUAACUAAUACUGUU